AGGAUAUAGCACAGCUUGAGCCUAUAUCUGACUGUCUGAAACCCUACGUGCCGCACUUCGUAGUGACUCGUCAUUCUGUCAACGAUGGUGGCGACUCUGGCUCUAGUGGCCACCUUGGCUCUCCUCGCACCUGGACGGGCACGCAUCUUCGAAAACCCCGCUUCAAAGCAGGCCGUUUUGCCGGACGCCGACAACGCCCCCGAGAUGGUCACUGAGACCGACCCUAAGUACAAGAUCCCCAAGAACUUUCUUAUGGGCGUCGCCACGGGCUCCUACCAAACAGAAGGCGCCUGGGACAAGGAUGGAAAGGGUGUGAACGUGUUCGACUACAUGUACCAUAAAGAGAACUACCCUAUCAACAUGACUGGUGAUAUCGCUUGUAACUCAUACGAGCGAUACGAAGAAGACAUAAAACUUGCAGCCCAAAUGAACCUUGACGUCUACCGCUUUUCCAUUUCCUGGGCAAGAAUUUUCCCAAACGGGGACAUUACACAAAAAAACGACAAAGGUGUCGAACAUUACCACAAUGUGAUCAAGACGAUUAAAGCCAACAAUAUGAAACCUAUGGUCACCAUCUAUCACUUCGACCACCCGCAAGCUCUGGAGUCGGAGGUCGGUGGUUGGCUAAGUGACAAGAUGAUAAAGGCCUACGCCGAUUUCGCAGACUUUGUUUUCCUCGAAUAUGGCGCUGAGGUAGAACAUUGGGUGACAAUCAACGAGCCCAACAUGCAGUGCAUGAUGGUGUUUUUCGGUGGCCUGGCUCCAGGCGCCCCGAAGGGCGACACCCCAGCGAACGUGAACAUGUACAAGUGCAUCCAUCACACGAUUCUGGCGCACGCGGCUGCCUAUCGCCUGUACGAGCAGAAGUACAAAAAGAGCCAGGGCGGCGUCCUGGGCUUCGGCGCCGUUACCUUCUUCAACAGGCCCAACAGCAGCGAGUGGGACGACAUCCUCGCAGCCCACCGCGCCAACAUGUUCGACGUUGGCCUCCUGCUCCACCCGCUUAUCUACGGCGAUUACCCAGCCGUAGUGAAGGAGACCCUGCGCCAGUUUGGAUUGGUUCAUGUCGACUUCGAGGGUGGCACACUCGAUAGGACCCUCAAGAAAUCCCACCAUUUCUUCAAGCGUAUGAUGACGGACCGGUCUGUUCCACUGGUACGGGCGUCCUCAUCGAAUGAUAGUUCCUCCGCUACCAUUGUGCCCUCCCUGUGUAUCGUACUCUUCUCGGCUGUGGCACACCUGCUUCGCGACUACUAAGGUCGACAUAAACGGACGGAGACAAAAUCUGCAACGCUUAAAAACAAGCUGUCACGUGUACCAAAUACAUUUCGUCAAAUGAAACCUA